AUGGAUUCUAUUAACAUUGUCAACGUAAAUAUACUCAAUCCUGAGGCAAAAUUAACUGAUAGUUUCGAAAUUGAAAUCAUGCUUGAAUGCUACGAGGAAUUUCAUUUCGAUUUGGAGUGGAAAUUGACAUAUGUAGGAUCUCCCAAGUCUAAGGAGUUCGACCAACUCCUUGAUUCAAGUGUGAUUGUUCGGUCUAUUUUGGUUGAUACCCCUCGAGUGACUCGUUUUGAUCAGGGAAUGGUUGAUUUACCAUUACCGGAGAGAAUACACGAAAGCAAUUCUUUGGAUCGAGAUGGAGAAGUUGGCGAUGAAAGUACAGAGGAGGAUAUUAUAAAUGAACCAAUUAUGGAUAUUGAUGGUAGUUUAUCAUUCAAGGAUGAUUAUUAUCCUCUUAAAGAAGGACCACAUUGUGUAGAACCCGAUGUAUUUGCUCGUCCGAAUAGAGCCCCACAAAGAGAUAUUCCUCCAACUGUUUGGCCUUAUGAACAAAGAACACGACCCCAUAUCGGGGAGUCCUCAGUAAAGUAUAUAGCAUAUGUCGGAGACCCUGUCGACAUAGACCACGCUCGAUUAGGGACUCGGACACUAAAAGUCAGUUAUGCAGUGAGUGAACUGGUUGCUAAGGUGGGGAAGCCACAUACAAUUGCAGAACGUCUGGUGAAGCCAGCAAUGUUGAUCUGUGCUAAAGAACUGCUAGGAGAACAGGCUGCCAACAUUCUACAAAAAUCCCAUUGUCUAAUGACACAGUGA